AAUGAAAACGAAAGAAGUAUGGACUUACACAAUAGAUAAGCCAACAGAUGCAAAUUAAAAUCUAACAAAUCAAGUAUUUGCUUGUGCAUUUUUAAAAGGUAAAUUUGAUUUUAUAUUUGAUUAGAUGGAGAUGUUGUGGUAGCAGCAGUAGGGAAUGCUUUACUUUUAUUUGAUACAUAAAAAUCAGAGAUGUUAAGACAACCAUUAAGAGGACAACACAAAGAUACAAUUACAUGUUUGGCUGCAUCUAAGGAUGGAAAUAAAAUGGUAUCAGGAAGUGCAGAUAAGACAGUAAUUGUAUGGGGAUUUAAUAUGGGAAGAGGUGAGAAGAUGUUGGAUGCAGAGAAAUAUUUUUAACACAGUGAAGCAAUAUAAUGUGUUGCAAUAAGUCCAUUGAUGUAUUAAAUAUUCACAGGUUCAAAUUAAGAAUACUCUUUAUGGAUUCCAGGAAUGAGCAAUAUUGAUAGAUAAAAGUUUAAGGAGAAAAUAAUAUGUGCAGCAUGGAGUGCAGAUGGUUAGUAUGUAUCAUUUGGAACAAUUAAUGGUAUAAAUGAGUUAUUUUGAGAUUAGGAUUGAUUGUGAUUACGGAUAGAUAGGCACAUUAAUUGAAAGAGAUUUAAACUUAGAAAGGAGGACCAGUUUGGUGUAUGGAAUGGACACCAAUAACAUCAGAGUAUUAGUAAUCUCAAUUAACAAUUGGAGUAUGGAUGAAUUCAUUAUAUUAAUUUGAUUGCAAUGGAUAAUAAAUAGGAUCUAGAAUUGAAUUACCAUUUGAUCCAUUGUAGAUUAAUUAUUAAUAUAAUGGUGAAUAUAUGGCAAUAGCAGGAAAUAAUAAUAAAAUAAAUCUUUAUACACGAGAAGGUGGAUUUCUAAUGGAAGCAUGUUCACUAAAUGAUUGGAUUUGGUGUACAAGAAUUAAACCUAAAUCAACUAUGAUUGCAUGUGGAACUAAUGAUGGUUAGAUUGUAGUCUCAGAAUUUGUAUCAGAUAAUGUGAGUGCAUUGUAUGAUGACAGAUAUCUAUAAAGAGAAUAAUUAACAGAUGCAAUUAUAUUAUCAAUGAUAUCAAAUUAAAAAGCUAGAAUUAAAUGUAAAGAGUUAGUUAAAAGAGUUGCUAUAUUCAAAGAAAAAGUUGCUAUCUUGUGUGGUAUUAAAGUACUUAUUUAUACUUGUGUAAUUAAAGGUGAUGAUUUCAUGAAAUAUAAAUAAUUCAAAAAAUUUCAAAAAAGAGUAGAUUGUGAACAUUUUCAAUUAGCAUCAUCUAACGUCUUGAUUGGAGCAGGCUAAAAAUUAAUAGCUUUCAAUUUUAAUGGAGAUAUGGAUAAAACAUGGAGUUUUGAAUCUGUUAUUACAGUAGUGUCAUGUUAGGGAGGACCACCUAAAAGAGAACUUAUUUUAGUUGGUUUAGAAAAUGGAGGAAUUUAUAAAAUAUAUUUGGAUAAUUCAUUCCCUAUUUAAAUUCACAAAGUUAAUACAACAAUUAAACAUUUGACUAUGUCUUAAACAAAACGUAAGUUAGCAUUAAUAGAUGGAAAUUAAAAUUUAUAAGUAUUGGAUACAAUAAGUAAGGAAAUAUUAUUUGGGGAGAUGAGUGUUGAAGGUGUUGCAUUUAAUUAAGAAUUUGAAGAUUUGAUAGCAUAUUCUGGAAAAGGAUUGUUAUUUUUUAAAUGUAUAGCUUUUCCUGCUUUAAAUUAAAAGAUUACUGGUAAUGUAAUAGGAUUUAAGGGAUGUAAAUUAUUUUUACAAAAUGGUGAUAAGGUGUAGACAAUAGAUAUUCAACAGACAGCAAAUAUGUAAAGAUAUUUAGAAAAGAAAGAUUUUUAGAAUGCUUUGAAAAUAGCUUGUUUAGGUGUAACAGAAUAGGAUAUAAGAGCUUUGGGAAUAGAAGCUUUAAUAGCAGGUGAAUUUGAGAUAGCAAGAAGGGUAAAGAAGUUUAUGAUAAUUAAUAGUGUUUUUUAAGAAAUAAAGAUUAUUAAUUCAUAGAUUUAUUGAUGAAAUAUGAGAAGAAGAAUUUAGAUGCUUAGACAUUGAAUGAAUUAAAUGCAGAAGCAUUAGCAUAUUAAGGUAGAUUUAUGGAUGCAGGUAAUUUAUUAAUAAAGGUUGGUUAAGCAGAUAGAGCAGUUUAAUUAUUUAAAGAGCUUAGAAGAUGGGAUGAUGCUAUAAGUAAAUAAUUAAAUAGAAAUAGAUUUUGCAAAGAAAGGAGAUGUUGCUUAUAGAGCAGUGACAUCAGGAGGUAGAACAGGUACUGGAGUAAGAGCACCUACUUCAUAAGGUAGAACAGGAACAGGAAGAGGUUAAGCUGUAAUGCCAUAACCAUAAGAUAUUGCACCUCCUAAAAUAGAAAUGAAUAUGUUAUUAAGAGAAUAAGCAGAAUGGACUAAGGAAUCUGGAGAUUGGAAAGCUGCUGCUGAUUUAUUUGUUACUUGUGCAGAAUAUAAAAAAGCUAUUGAAUUAUAUGGAUCAAAUAAAUAUUUAGAAGGAUUAAUUAAUGUUUGUAGAAUGCUUGAUAGAUAGGAGAAUUCAGAGAAUAUUAUUUUGUGUGCUAAUUAUUUCAAAAAACUUAAACAUCAUGGAGGAGCUAAAGAAGCUUAUUUAAAAUUAAAUGAUUUAAAAAAUCUUAUGAUAUUACAUGUUGAAUUUUAAAAAUGGUAAGAAGCAUUUUAAAUUGGAAGAUCUAAUAAAGAAUUAUUAGAAAUUGCUAAAGUUCCUUAUGCUGAUUAUUUAUUACUUAAUGAUCGUUAUGAAGAUGCUCUUAAAGCCUAUAAAAGUGCAGGUAGAUUUGAUAUUACUAUGAAAAUGACAAAAGAUAUGGCUAAAAAUUGCAUAGAAGAAUAACGAUAUCAUGAUGCUAGUUAAUAUUUAUGGAAUUUAGCUAUUGAUUGUUUAUCUUAAAUUUAAGAUUAUUAAAAUCCUUCAGGAGAUGAUGUCAAAGCAAUUAAUUAAUAUAAAGAUUAUAGUGAUCUUGCUGAUGUUUAUUAUGCUUAUCAAAAAAUACAUAGUUUUAUUUGUGAACCAUUUCAACCGCUUUCAGGAGAAUCAUACUUUUUAUAAAUUAUGAAUUCUGCUAGAUUUAUUAUAUCUAAAUGGAAAAGUGUUUAUUAAGGAAUUAAAAUGAGUUAUGUGUAUUAUGCUUUAGCUAAAUGUGCUUCUUAACUUAUGUGUUAUAAAACUGCUCGUAUUUGCUAUGAAAAAUUAAAUGUAAUAAUUAAUUUUAAUAUUAUUUUAGUAAUUUAAAAUUCCUGCUGAAUGGAGUGAAGAAAUUGAUCUAUAAUCAUUAUUAGUUAGAUCCAAACCUUAUACUGAUGAUGAAUCAAAAUUACCUCUAUGUAUGAGAUGUCAAACUUACAAUCUUAUCAUCAAUAAUACUGAUAAAUUAUCAGUCUGUAAUGCUUGUUUACAUCCUCUCUUUUCUUCUUUCAUCAGUUUUUCUGCUCUACAACUUGUAGAAUUCAAAGUUGAUAAUUCAUUAUCUAGAGAAGAUGUUGAAAGAUUACUCAAUUCAGAAAAAGUAUUCAUUAAUAAAAGACCAGGAUAAUUAUUUCAAGAUAAAAUUAAUGAAAUUAUUUAAUAAUAGCAAACCUCAUAAGAUUAAUAUUUAGUUGUAGAAUUAGAUGAAGCUGCUGUUCAAUCUCUCUCCCCUGAAGAAGUUCUUAUUGUAGAUUAUAGAUAAUAUUGUAAUACUAUUGAUGUCAAAUAUUAUAAAAAUAUGAAUGGAGAAUAACCUAUUCAUGUUUGUUAAGAUUGUGGAAGAUUUUUCUAUGUUGAUGAACAUGAAUUUGAAUAUGUUUAAAAACGUUGUUGUCCAUUCUGUAGAAUUUCAGACAAAAAAAUACCUUAAAAGGAUGUUUUUGAUAUUUGA